CAAUAAUCUCUUUCUAUUUCAGAUUGGACUUUUUCUUCUCAAAUGGUCACUAAUCGUUCUUUUUUGCUUUCUAUACAUUUUCCACCAGAAGAACCUUUAAUUGAAUGUCUUGUUUGUUUUGACAAAUUUCCUUUAAAUGAUAUUAUUUAUUGCAAUAAUACUUGUGAUAAUUUAGAAAAUAGGCCUUGGUUUAGUUUGUUUAUUUAUCAAGCUAAAAAUGGUUUGAAACAAAGAAAUCUUGUCCUACACAAGGGAGAGCAUGCUAGUCUUUCGCAGAGCCAUAUCUGACCAUAGGAAAAUCCUAACAGGUCAAACUUUGGUACCUCCAGAUGCAACUCAGUGAUACUUCUAGUCAUUCCAAAGAUGACUCGAUUCGACUUUCUUAGACUUC